UCAGUGGUGGGUUCCGAGGCGGACGGAGCUCCGGCGGAUGGGAGCUGCUGUUGCACAAUAGAAACAGGUCCUCGGCCAGCAUCACUCAGAGGGCAGCAGCCGCAGGAGGAGGUGCAGUAUAAAAAAAAAAAAUGUUCUCCCGACUAAGAGUAGCUGCCACUCCCUGUGUGAUGGCACGUCGCAGCGCACAUACGAAAGAAAAAGGCAAGCCACUGAUGUUAAACCCACGAACAAACAAGGGUAUGGCCUUUACAUUACAUGAACGACAGAUGCUUGGGUUGCAAGGACUUCUACCUCCUAAAAUAGAGACACAAGACAUUCAAGCCUUACGCUUUCAUAAGAAUUUGGCAAAAAUGACUGACCCCUUGGAAAAGUAUAUCUACAUAAUGGGAAUCCAAGAGAGAAAUGAAAAAUUAUUCUAUAGGGUAUUACAAGAUGAUAUUGAGCGGUUAAUGCCAAUUGUAUACACACCAACAGUAGGCCUUGCCUGCUCCCAGUAUGGACACAUCUUCAGGAGACCAAAAGGAUUAUUUAUUUCCAUCUCAGACAGAGGCCAUAUAAGGUCAAUUGUGAACAACUGGCCAGAGAAUGACGUUAAGGCUGUUGUCGUCACUGAUGGAGAAAGAAUAUUGGGUCUUGGAGACCUAGGUGUGUAUGGGAUGGGAAUUCCCGUAGGAAAACUGUGUCUGUAUACAGCCUGUGCAGGAAUACAUCCAGAUAAAUGCUUGCCUGUGUGCAUCGACGUUGGAACUGAUAAUACAACACUCUUAAAAGAUCCAUUUUAUAUGGGCCUAUACCAAAAAAGGGAUCGCUCACAGGUCUAUGAUGACCUAAUUGAUGAAUUUAUGGAAGCCAUUACAGACAGGUAUGGCCAGAACACCCUUAUCCAAUUUGAAGACUUUGGAAACCAUAAUGCUUUUCGGUUUUUAAGAAAAUACAGAGAGAAAUAUUGUACCUUCAAUGACGAUAUUCAAGGGACAGCUUCAGUGGCCUUGGCAGGACUGCUGGCAGCACAGAAAGCCACUGGUAAACCACUUGCAGAGCAGAAAGUGCUGUUCCUUGGAGCAGGAGAGGCCGCCCUGGGAAUUGCAAACCUCAUUGUUAUGGCUAUGAUGGAAAGCGGUGUUUCUGCUGAGGAAGCCUACAGGAGAAUAUGGAUGUUUGACAAAUAUGGUUUACUGGUUCAGGGGCGAGAACAAAAGGUAGAUUCCAAUCAAGAACCAUUUACACAUCAGGCUCCAGAGCAGAUACCAAAGACAUUUGGAGAGGCAGUGAAUGUACUUCGGCCUUCAGCUAUCAUUGGAGUUGCAGGAGCUGGACGUCUCUUCUCUCAGGAUGUGAUCAAAGCAAUGGCCUCUAUCAAUGAGCGACCCAUAAUAUUUGCACUAAGUAACCCUACAGUGAAAGCUGAAUGCACAGCAGAGGAAGCAUAUACAUUGACAGAGGGCCGUUGCUUGUUUGCCAGUGGCAGUCCCUUCGAGCUGGUGACUCUGAAAGAUGGAAGAACCUUCAAACCAGGCCAAGGAAACAACGCUUAUAUUUUUCCAGGCGUGGCUCUCGCUGUGAUCCUCAGCAGUGUUCGACAUAUUAGUGAUAAGGUUUUCCUAGAGGCUGCUAAGGCAUUGACAGAACAGUUGACCGAUGAAGAACUUGCACAAGGAAGACUUUAUCCUCCACUGUCUAAUAUCAGGGAAGUUUCUAUUUAUAUUGCUGUCAAGGUUAUGGAAUUUUUGUACGCAAACAACAUGGCUUUCCAUUACCCUGAACCUGCUGACAAGAACCGUUACAUUCGAUCAAAGGUUUGGACCUACGAAUACGAAUCCUUCAUGCCAGAUGUGUAUGACUGGCCUGAAUCUAAGGUUCACUAAUGUAUCAGAAGAUCGCACUCCUCAGGCAGUAUCUUCUACUCUGCAGGGAUCCCUUUUUCAGACCAAUUUAAAUCAUGAUCUUUGAGUCCUGUAAUUUAUUUUCGCUCAUUUUGUUGUCUUUUUUUCCCUUCUACCCUGUUUUUCACUUGAUGUAGAUUUCUCCCCACUCUCCCAAGUACCUGAUAAACUGUAUGGAUGAUGGCAUCCGUCACAGGAAUGAGAGAGCUCUCCAAAAUUAAUUUAAAUAAUGACAUUGCAUUUCUAGCUUACAACCCGCACCACGCUAAAGAAUUCCAUUAAUGAUGUUUUAGCUGAGUGCGUUUGAUGAACUAUAGCUCUCUCAUCACUGCUGAUUUCCAGGAUGAUUUAUUUCUGCUUUUAAUAAUCAGUCUUCUAAUUGUCCGAGUGUUGUCACACUGCAUUAUCUAUGACAUCACCAGAGAA